GGAAGGCAGCCCACGGCGAGGUUAACAAGGGCUUCUUCUUUGUUAAACUGGGUUUUUCUUAAUCCUUGUGACACAGAGUAAAAUCUCGUGACGAGGAGAAGUUUAGGCCAAGUAUUCGUGUGGUGCAAUACGACAGUUUGUCUUCUGUCAGCAGCUGUGAGUCAUGUCGGGGUUCCUGGAUAGCAUCAGGUGCGGAGACUGCGAAUGCAAUGUGGACUGGGCCGAGAAGAGGAACACCAUCGCAUCGGUAGCGGCCGGAGUGUUGUUUUUCACAGGGUGGUGGAUCAUUAUUGAUGCAGCUAUCAACUACCCAGACCAAGAAACCUUCAAUCAUGCCUACCAUACCUGUGGGGUCAUUGCUACAGUGGCUUUUCUCAUGAUCAACGCAGUGUCUAACGGACAGGUGAGAGGGGACAGCUACAGUGAAGGCUGCCUAGGUCAGACAGGUGCCAGGGUAUGGCUCUUCAUUGGCUUCAUGCUGGCGUUCGGGUCACUCAUUGCAUCCAUGUGGAUCCUGUUUGGCGGAUUCGUUGUUCCCCAAAAGCCCGUUGUGUAUCCUGGCAUUGCAGUUUUCUUCCAAAAUGCCUUCAUUUUCUUCGGGGGCCUGGUAUUCAAGUUUGGACGUACUGAAGACCUGUGGCAGUGAUUCUGUUCAGCAGUGUCAUCCCUCCCUUCUCCCUUUCCCUGUCAUUUAAUAUUCAAAUGCUUUAAUCCCCUUUUUCCUGCAUGGUCUCGCUCCCACAGGGUGUGGCCCCCGUGAUCUCUCGUUUAUGGGGCUUUUUACUGUGGCCUCCGUUUACAGCAUUGAGGGGGGCCUUCCUUUCCAUUAUCGGCUAAUUUUUUGUUUAACAAACCCCACACUGUGUCUCUGGAGUAGCUCAGUGGUUAAGGAGCUCAGUGCCGGUUGUGCUCUAUAGACAUGUCACCAGCCAUGUCAUCAGUCAACCAUGACCAGGAGCCCACGGCAGAAGAACAAACUGGCUUCUUUCCAUAGGAGUGGGUAUGUCAGCAGGUCAGAUGAGCAGUCUCAGGCGUCUGCGAGUUGCUCAGAUGAUGUUAGCGGAGUAGCACCUAUCCUCCAAUGGGCACCCACUCCUCUGUGACUUGCAGUGUGAAAAAUAGCUGUUGGCUUCCUGUAUACUGGAAGGAGACAUUUGUCUUGUCUCAGUGCUGUUGCGCAAAUAUAGAGGUUGUGGCAUUGAGACAAGACUACUGGGGUAUACAGUUGGCAAUUCCAAAAAAUAGGGUUGCAUGAAGGGGGGGGGGGCAAAAAAACCCCAUGCUACUCAAAUUCAUACUGACAGCAGAUGCAUUAGUGAGCCUCUCUGGAUUCCAACGGAUUGUCUCAUUUUGAAACCCUUAAAAAUACUGAAAUGUAUUAAUACACCCUGAGCUCUGUGCUUAUGGAGUAACAUGUCAAACACUACAGAUGACAGUUCAGACAUGACUCUUUAAGACCUCUGCAAUAUUACAGCGAGAACGAUGGGUGCAAGAUCGUUAUAAACUGUAAGUUUCUAAGACGCAUUGCCUCUCAACCCUUGAUUAAUUUGGCUCAUGGAGACAAUUAUAAUGUCUGUCAACAACUACUUGCCUGACAAAAAAGAAGCUGUUGUAGAUUUCGAUACUCAGAGUUGUUGCUAUUUCAAGCAUGUCACACAUUAAAGCCUGGGCUCCCAAAGAUUAGUGACCUCCAGAAAGUUUGUGAGUACUUCAAAUAUCUAUGUACUUUUCUCCCAUGAUGUAUCUGUAGUUAAACUUGAGAUCAGAAAUUCCUGAAUAGUAUAUUGUUAGUAUAGUUUUUAUUAAGACAGGCAGUUGAUGUCACUGAUUGCAAGGACCUCCUUUUCUGAGACCCUCCCCGUCCACUUUCCCAGUGCGAUUCCUCUUUUCCAAAGAAAAACCAAGCAGGAGAAAUCAUCUCUGGCCACGGAGAUAAAGUCAUAUGCUUUGAUAUCCGAACAUUACUUGUCAUAGCUCAGACAUUACAGAAUGCAUACUACAGCGUGUUCUCUGUAGUUUGAAGGUAAACGAGUGCUUUAUUUAUGAACAGGGACAUGAGGCUUAUUUUCAAAAGCACAAUUUUUGGUGUAUUUUUUUGUUCUUGUGUGAUAAGUACUUUUUUUGCUUACGAAGAGGUGAAGGGAGUUGAACCUUUCCUUUCCAGAUUACAGUGUGUUAAUUACUUGGAAGUUAUACUACCUUAUGGAAACCCUAUAACAUAAACAUGUACAGAACUGACGUCAGACUUUGUAAAUGUACACUCCUUCCCUCAGCACGCUGCAACUAACAUUUGAAAUCCAAAUUACUAAUUCCUUGGUUUGUACUGGGGCUAAGAAAUGCUAUCAUUUCAUAAGGUACAUGUAUCAGUGAACAGGAGAUGGAAGUUCUUAAUGGGAGAAAUAGAGUUAGGUCAAUGGCAAAAUGAGUGCUUGGUGUACAAGGUGUUUCUAAUGUUUGAGGGAUUUAACCUAUUAAUAAUAGUACAAAGUUAUUAAAAUGUUGCACAUUUAACAGACCUAACUGCUUUUACAUUUAUGGAACAGAAUGUAAACUUUUAUAUAGUUUGUGAGUUAUGUUUUCCCUGAAAUAAAAAGAACUUGUCAGCAUACUGGGUCUUUAGAAUGUAAAACUGAACAUGCAAAACAA